GAAAGUACCACCUGUCCUCUGCACCUUUCAGUUUCCAGACAGCGAUGACCCAGGCCCCUGGUUGUGAGCCCGUGUGGUCAGUCCGUGGGUGGGCUGGCUCCCCCUCACCCACUGCGCCACAGCCCCCUGCCGUCAGGGAGGUGUUGACGCGAGCAGUGGGUUGUGUGGCCAGCAGGGGAGAGGCUCUGGAGGCGGGGGGCCACACAGGGACCCUGCCCACCGGCCUGCAGCCGGGGCUGUGGUGGGUCAGGUCUGUGCCAAGCUCAGUAGGUGGGAGUGCUUGGGGGCUGAGAAACCAGGCAGAGAGGCGUGGAGCUGGGCUUCGGUGCCCCACCCCCCGGCAUCACAGACGUCCCCCCCAGAGCUCCACCAGUGGCACCAAGGCUCCCGAGAAGGCUCCUGCAGCUGAGCGUGGGGACCACCUAGGAGACCAGGGUCCUCAGGGCGCUGGCUCCUGUGCCCAGGCCAUUCUGGGCUGGUGGAGGUUUGGGAAGUGCUGUUCUUGGCACUUGUGGGUGGGGAGAGGAGAAGGGGGGUCUUUCCAAAGCUAUAAGCCAGGUUCCUGUAAGGGAGAGGGGUUGGGAGUGGACUGUGGGGGGCAUGGGAGUGGAGAUGCACCGCCCAGUCACUGGGGGGUGGGGCAAAGGGCAGGUCAGAGGGGCCCCUGCAGAGGCAGGUCUCGGCCAGAGAGGUGUUGCCUUGGUGAUGAGAGCCAGGCCCAGGGCGUGGGCAUCCAGAGGUCGUGAGGGAUGGUGAGAAGGGGAGUCCUAUGGGGGCUCCUCACCAGCAGGGUCUGGACAGGGGUCAUCAAGGAGGGCGGGGCGGCAUGACUCAGGAGGCCAGGGGAAGAAGAAAGGAGAAGUGGGUGUUGCGGUUCCCUGCGUGUCCCCCUGGCCUCUGGGGCUGCGUGUGUGCCCCUCCCUUCCUUGGGCAUCUUUGGGGGAAUGCACAGCCCUCCUGCCCUCCGCCGCCCCGCCCCCUGUAGGAGGAAGGGUGUGUUUCCUGCAGCUUGUCUUAUGCUCGGGUGCUUACAGCCCAGCCUUCUGGACGGUCAGCCUCAGCUCUGGCGGCUCCUUCCUGCUCCUUCCGGGCACCCCUUGUCUAUUUCUGAAGGCCAGGACCAAACCCUAGGUGUCCCUGCUGGUGGAGGAAAAUGGGACGCGAACAGGAUUUGGCAAGAUGUCAGGCUGCGCACCGGAGGGUUGCGUCGAAAAAAGAGAAGAGGACUUGGCGGAAGCACAUGUCUCGGGGGAAUGUAUGUGAGGUUCCAGGCAGGGUGCCUCCUUUGGUCCUGUCUUCGUCAGAUGCUUGAACUUGCGGCGUGGGAAAGCAGUGUAAUUGCAAACUAUAGGAAUGCAGAAGGGAUGUGCGUCAGUCUUCCCGAGAUCACCCAAGAUAACCGUGCAUCCUUCCCGCAGUUACAGUUCUGCAGCACGUGCAUCUCCCGUGUUCACGGAACAGUAGGGCUUAGCCUCUUGGUGGUCUUUGUUCCUGGUUGGCCUGUGGGAGUGGAACUGCAUGGGAGCGCCCCUUCGCCUGCAGCUGGCAGGACUGCAACAAGAAGUUCGCGCGCUCCGACGAGCUGGCUCGGCACUACCGCACGCACACGGGCGAGAAGAAGUUCAGCUGCCCCAUCUGCGACAAGCGCUUCAUGCGCAGCGACCACCUGACCAAGCACGCGCGCCGCCACGCCAACUUCCACCCGGGGAUGCUGCAGCGGCGCGGCGGGGGCUCGCGGACCGGCUCGCUCAGCGACUACAGCCGCUCGGACGCCAGCAGCCCCACCAUCAGCCCGGCCAGUUCGCCCUGAGU